AUGAAUAGUCUGGUUAGUUCAACAAUCUUCUCAGCGCUAACAACGACACUUUACUUUUAUCAUACCGGCAACAACAGCAACAACUUCAUCAUCAGCAAUAACAACAACAUCAACAACAACAACGAAAACAACCCCACAAACAACAACAACAACAACAACAACAUUAUUUUCAAAUAUUCUCCUCAUUACAAACACGUCAGCAAAGAGAAUGUCGUCAACAACAGCAACAACAACUUCAACGAAACCUACCAGAACGACUAUCAAUACCACUACCACCAAAACAGCAAUGACCUUAGCGACAUCUAUUACACCAACAGCAAUGACAGCGACUACACCAGCUACAACUUCGAACCUUCACAGACCACAUCGCCAUCACUCUCCGACGGGGUAAACUACAAGACCCCAAAUAACUCCACCAAAAAGCCCUGGCCAGUUUUCAAACAGCCCACGCAUACCAUCGUCAUCUUCGUCUGCGUUUACGCUCUUGUCAUAGCCGUCGGCUUGCUUAGCAACGCGAUGAUCGUCAUGGUGAUUUGCUGUUUUCCGCCGAUGAGAAGCUCAACGAAUAUAUUUUUGGGAAACUUAGCAAUGGCGGACAUGAUGGUCAGCUCGUUCGUCGUGCCGUUCAACCUGUUUGAUAAUAUUUUUCAAGAAUGGCAUUUUGGCCCUGUGGUUUGCAAGCUGUUUCCAUAUCUGCAAGGUGUGGCAGUCAGUAGCUCCGUCAACACGCUAGUGGCUGUGGCAGCCGAAAGGUACGUGAUGAUUUUCUCACCGCAAACUUCAAAAAUGAAGCCUAGGUCGGCGUUGGUUAGCGUCUGCUUCAUCUGGCUGAUACCUCUACUGAUUUUCGUACCCUGGGUUGUGGUGUACAUUGAGAAGAUCCACACGAUAAAGGGCCACCCGUACGUAGCCUGCCAAGCCAUGUGGACAGACCAAAAGACCCAGAAAUUUUUUACCCUGUUUGUGGCAGUCCUCUGCUGUUACGUAGUCCCCCUAUGUUGUGUUGCCGUCUUCUACAUCCUCAUCGGCAUCAGGGUUUAUCGGAGAAAAAUCAGAGGAAUGAACGACCAAUCAUCUGCCGUUCAGCACCUGGCCCGGAGCAAGAAACGAAUCCUGAUGAUGCUGUCUAUGGUCUCUCUAUUCUUCGCCCUCUCCUGGCUUCCCUUCUACUCCAUGCACGUCUACAUGCUCUUUGCCAGGGUCGAAAUACCCAGCAAUAGAUUUACAGAAAUUUUAAAGACUUACAUCAAGCCGAUAGCCCAGUGGCUGGCUUGUCUUAACAGCUGCGUCAAUCCUUUUGUAUACUGCUAUUAUAAUGUUAAUUUUCGUCGAGGGAUGAAGCAGUUACUUGUUAGGUGGCGGUCUGGAAGGGCCGAUGGAGGGUGCUGUUGCCCCACAUGGUGGCAGGUCAAUAAAGGAAGGAGGAGGAGUGAGUUUGGGGAUUGUAAUGGGGUGGUUAAUGGGGGUAGCGCUAGGAGGAGGUUGACUCACGAUGUCAUGUUCAUGGAGAGCAAUGGAUUGACUCGUUUGUAG